AUAAAUAUGUCGCCUCGGAGAUCAACCUUACAGUAGUUGCCCAGACGUUGGACGAAAAAGUUUAUUGGGAGUUUUUACAACAAACAGACAUGCAGUUGAUGUUAUGUUUAGUGCUCUUCGGUCUAUUUUGUGUCACAACAUGUGAAGAAGAAUUUUUACCUUCAUACAUCACACCAUGCAAAUUAGAAGACAAAGAACUAGCAGAUUGUGUGAGGGAGCAGAUAAAGAUCAGUUUACCGCACUUCACAAAAGGAGUUCCCGAGUUUAACGUGCCGUCAAUAGACCCGGUCAAGCUGGACGACAUCAAAAUUGACGGGAAUGGACUAGUUUUGACGUUCACACAAGCUGCUAUGCACGGGCUGAGCAAAAGCGAGCUUACUGAUUUAAGAGUAAAAAUUGGAGAUUCCGAUGAAGACUUCAAGCUGGCCUUCAAAGGAAACCUGAGUUUGACCGCGAAAUACGAGGUCGACGGUCGAAUUCUGAUUCUGCCCAUCCAAGGAAAGGGAGAUGCUUUCGUGUAUGCCCAGGGAGUAGAAGUCGAGAUCAACAGCAAAUUGAGCCACGUGAAAGACAAGCAGAAUCGAACCCACUUCAAGCUCAUAACACCUUCCUACAACUACACCAUAGAGCGAACAACAUUUGAUCUCAAAAACCUGUUCAAUGGAAACAAACAAUUAGCCGACACGACAAUACAAUUCGCGAAUGAGAACUGGCGGCAACUCAUGGACGAUUUGGCACCACCAGCCAUCAAGCAGAUAGUACGGACCUGUGUCAAAGCCAUCAACAAAUUUUUCUCCAACGUCACCAUAGCACGGAUGGUCAAGGGGUACAAGGACCAUUGAACUGUGAUAUAGAAUAUUCUUAAUUUAUCUAGGUUAGAUUAUAUUGUAUGACUUUUUUAUUUAUGUUGUAGAAAGAGUGGAAUAUUAUGUUUGAUUAAUAAAAUUUUUCAUUUGAUGAAAUUAGAGAAAUUCAUACUUCCACAUCAAUUCACACUUCCAUAUCCAUGAUAAUCCUAUAAAUGUGAAAAUGUGUUUGUUCUUCUUUCAUGACAAAAUGUAGCACUGAAUUGGGGUGAUUUUGGGUGUGGAAUAGUUGGAGAGUGACAUAGGGUAUUUUUUUUAGCCGCGGGCAAAAGCCAGUUUCAUAUCAUCUCAAAACUUAACUGAAAAGCGCAUAUUUUAUAUAAUAUAAAUAAACUCUAAGGCAAUAAAGUCUCAAGUUUUGUAUUUUUUAACAAACAGACUAAUAAAGAUAAUAAAUGAAAUUAAUUAAACAUGA